UCUCUCAAAUCUCCAUUUCUCAGAAACUUCUGGGUUUAGAUGGAAAUUUCAUAGCAUCUUCUACCUCUUUCCACAUUAUUAUUCCCAAGGAAAAAUGGAAUGCAACCCAGUGACUACUGCUAAAUCCACCAGUGCUGAUUCCUCAUCGCCUUCGCCGGUUGAGAUUGUCGAUGGAAAUUCCUCCCCGCAGAAAAUAGAAAACACACCUGUGACUACUGCUGAAGCCACCAAUGCUGAUUCCUUAUCCUCGGAUGAAUGGGCUCGCCUAAUCCAAAUCACAACUGGGGAGUAUAUAAAAAUAGAAAACACACCCGUGACUAUUGCUGAAGCCACCAAUGGUGCGUCCUUAUCCCCGGUUGAAAGGGCUCGCCAAAUCCGAAUCACACCUGGGAAGUAUAGG